CGGUUAGGCCCUCCCCCUGGUACAAAUCCUGUACACCUCUACACCUCUAUAUCCUGUACACCUCUCUGUUAAUCUCUAUUAUUCACUCCUGAUAGCAUAAUUAUAUCAUAAGACAUAAUAUAAGGCGAAAUGAGAGAAUAUAUAUAUUCACAUAACAUGAUAUGCACUGAUAUUUAUGUAAGCGUGCGCGCGUGCGUGGUUGCAUGCUUUCCAACAAUUCUUGGCUAAAAGUUACGCAAGAUAUUUAUACACUAACUAGCACGACAUUGACGCUAGAUGGCAGCACGCGACACCACUUGAUGGAAAGCAUCAUGAGGCAUGUUUGUAAUAUGUAUCAUCCUCUUGGAAAAAGCGCCAGAUAAGUAUUUCUUGAGGAACUUGUGUGUGGUCUAUGGUGUGGUUGACGCUGCCCAUAAGUUCGUAAAUGAUGUGCGUAACAAGCAAAAUAAGAUAUGAAAUCGUAGCAGCGUCAAUGUAAGGGAUGUUACCCGAAAUACGCGAACGUGCGAAUCGCGAAAAAUAAGCAGAAACAGUGAUUCCGGCAUUUCAUUCAAGAUGGCCGGGAAAGGAGUUGGACAGCCUGCUUUAUCCCUGACCACAGAAGAGGAAAGGGAAAGUACUUCCAAAAGUGAUCUCGACCAGAGCCAGGAAUGUCUGCCAACUGAACUCGGUGAUCACAAUUCUACUACGAAAGUAAAUCAGAUAGACAAGUUGGCAGAAUCUGUUAGUGUUACAGGAGAGACACAGGGGGGCACUGGCUGUGCCUCCAUUCAGAGUAAAGUGUCUGAACGUAGAACUACAGUGAGUUUGGUGCCCGUACAAAACGUGGCGUCACCUAACAAGGCCACUGGGUCUCCGAAAUUGAGAGCGUGCAUAAAUACUCCGAACAUACUCGCCCAGAAGUCAAAGUGUCUCACUGCCAGUGCGUCUCGCAAUGACACUUUGACGACCCCGGUAGUAGAAUCUUCUGCGAAGUCGUCUCCCCUAAAGAGCGGAAAAGCGGUGACGCCGUCAAAAAAGAAGUUGGGAUUGUUUCGAAAAGCAGCAUCGUCUCCGCUGAUGACGGGGUCUGUUGAUAGACCAUUGGCAGUCAGAAAGAGUGUUCGAUCGACAGCUGGAGUUAACAUGAAUAGGCCUGAAAAUUCACUGGUGGUGACAACACGACACAAAGACGGGAGCUUGAACGUGGCAACGAGGCGACGCAGUAGCACCGGCAGCGCCAUUACUCCUGUGAGGAGUCCCUUCACCGGGAAAACACCCGUGAAGACACUAUGCAGCAAGGCCGUCGUAUCAGUGAAGAAGGAAGCAGAAACAACUGCUCCGGGACCCAAGACUGCGAUGAAACUGAAAGAAAGCACCGUCACCACUACGUCGGCCAUGCCAGCAAAGUCAUCACCAGCACCCUUAACUCAUGCAAAGACGGAGUCUUCGAAGAAGUUCGCGAAGAAGCGAGUGCCGAACGAGGACAAGUUUGCGCUUCCACCGCCUCCCAAGAGACGAAAGAGGAACGACGAGACGGAACACGAGAAUGACUACUACUGCUGGGUGUGUCACCGGGAAGGCACGGUCAUCUGCUGUGAGUUGUGCCCACGCGUCUUCCAUACGAAGUGCAUUAACCUGGACGCUGAGCCGACCGGCGACUGGGUGUGUCCGGAAUGCGAGCGAAUCGUCGUGGCUGAGUGCACGGACACACAGUCGGCUGCCAUGAGGAUGCUCACCCAGGAUCAGCGAUGCGUGCUCUUCAGACACGCUGUACAGAGAAUGAAGCAGUCCGCUCUGGAAGCAUUCCACCAGCCAGUUUCAACAACACAGGUGCCAACAUAUGCAGAUUAUAUCAUUCACCCAAUGGAUCUCAGUACUCUCGAAAAGAAUGUUCGACGGAAGAUGUAUGGAUCACUUGAAGCUCUGCUUGCAGAUGGGAAGUGGAUACUUCAUAACUGCAUCAUAUUCAAUGGCCCCCACCACAAACUGACCGCUGCUGCAAAGCUCAUCAUCAAGGUUGCCAAACACGAGAUGUCGGAGAUAGAUGUGUGUCCGGACUGCUACCUAAACUCCUGCACGAAAAAAGAAAACUGGUUUUGCGAGCCGUGUAGAAAUCCUCAUGCCCUCGUUUGGGCCAAGCUGAAAGGCUUCCCAUUCUGGCCAGCAAAGGCGCUGCGCGUCGCCAACGGCCUCGUGGACGUCCGCUUCUUCGGUCAGCACGACCGGGCGUGGGUGCCGCUGUCGCAGUGCUACCAGCUGUCGCGCGACAUCCCGACACCGAUCGCGAAGAAGAAGAAGGGCGGUUUCUCGCCGAGCAUGGAUGAGCUGGAGCUUCACCUGCAGUGCGUCCGUGAUCGCCUCGGCGUAUUCCGCUACGCAAAGUUCCGGCAGCUGUUUGACCCGACGCGCAUGCACAUCGACGGCGGCGCCCCCGCGAAAGUCGGAGAGGUCACGAAGGUCGCGGCGAAGGUCAGAGAGGUCGCAGAGGUCACGGAGGUCGGGGAGACGACGCCGCGGAAGGUCAAGGUGAAGCUGGUUGUGUCGGCGGCGGCGGUGAAGGCAGCGGGGUCGCCGCUGAAGGCCGCGCGCGCCGCACUCAUGCGCAAGUACCGCACGAUGGGCGGCGGAGGCAGGACGGCGACGGGCGGCGGGGCGGAGGAUGCAGGCGGCGUCGCCGUCGACGACGGGGAGGCUGAGGCGGAUGCGGCGGGGGGCGGCGAUGGUGCGACGCCAGGUGGCGCUGGUGGUGAAACGAGAGAAUCGCGGACGCCUGACCCGGAGGAUCCUGCAAAGGAGCAAGGAAGCGAGGAGGGAGCGCGGGCAGACGAGGCGCCAGCCGCAGCGACGAAACUUCGCGACGCGUCGGACGACGCGCGGACCGAGGAGGGCGCCGCGAUCCCGCGACCUUCCUUUUCCACGGCGGCGAGGUGCGACGGCGCGGUGGACAAGGGGGUGUUCACGAGCAGCAUGGAGGAGCGGGUUGAGCCGGUCCGACUGAAGGUGCCAAAACUCGACAAGGAGCGUCUGCCAAAGUUGGACGGCAGCGUGAUCGAGAAGCUGGCAGAGAAAGCCGGCGCCGGCGCCCCCACGGACGCGCCCGCGCCCGGCGAAACUACCGACAGAAUCGCCGUCGCCGCACCGCCGGCGUCCAUCGAUCUCACGGAAGACCAGACUUUGAUCUCAAGAACGAAGAAGGAGGAGGAGGCUCGCGCCGGCAAAGCCGAGCCGAAGCUCUCCACGUCUCUCGAAGACGACGCGAAGGACUCGAGUGUGGACGACGACGAAGAGGAAGACUCUCGCUUGCCGGACGAGAAAGAGGAAGCCGAGGGACCGGACGCUCCUGGGCUGUCGCCGGACGAGAAGAUGGCCGCCGCGGCGAAAUGCGCGAGCGCGCCAAAGCUGGACGAGUUCUCGGUGAAGCUCAGCCGGACGAUCGAGCAGUGCAAGGCGAAUCUCGGCAUUGAGAUGGCUCCCCUCGAGCUAUCCUCGAGCGAUGAUGAGGAAGAGGAGCAGGAGGAAGAGGAGGAGACCGACUCGCAAAUAAGCGAGGCAGAGAAGGAGGGUACCUCGAUAGAGCCGAGCGAAUCGUGCGAACCCGUCGCGAAGAAAUCGCGUCGAACUCCGCCGGCAUCUCGCGACACGGUCGACGACCGUCGGUCGGGCGACGUCCUCGGAUCGGCUGAGCGCCGCGGCGAAGGCAACGCCCCGAAUUCGACGACGGAGAAGGCUUCCAACGACGACCCUCCCCGGGAUGGGUCCCAGGGGAUGAAUCCGGUUGUACGGGACUCGCGCAUGCCUGCGGACGGAGAAGCGGCCUCGACACCGACCUCUGACCUUCGACCUCUGACCCCGGCCGUGCGGGAGGACUGCGGGAGGAGCCGGGAGGAGCCGAUCCCGAUCCGGGGUUCUCCACGCGGCGACGGCGUCGUCGUCACCGACCCGCCGAUGAAAACCGCGGUCUCGGCGGGGAUGCCCUCGCCCGGCGACGUUUCCGCGACGACGGAUGCCAGCAUCGUCGCGGCGAUGGAUGUCGAUGACGUUUCCGCGACGACACCGGCAGACGUCGACGACGUUUCCGCGGCGACAGGGACAGACGUCCGCGACGUCUCCAUGGCGACGCCGAUGGACGUCGAGGGCAUCUCCGCGACGACGGCGACGGAUGCUGGGGACGUUGCCGCGACGACGGAUGGCAGUGACAUGGAGUCGGAACACGAGCUUGUGAUCGACCUUGAGGGUCAGAAUGGCAAACCAACCGUCGCUCCGGCCAAACACGAGGAGGGCAGCCGUGACGCGCUCGCUAACGCCGACAUCGCCGGCCAAGACGCAGCGGCGGCGGGGGUUGGACGAGAUGCAUUGGGGUCGAGUCCGCCGGCGGGGGUCGAUCGAGACACAGCGGGGGUUGCGAGAGACGCAGCGGUGGCAAGUCCGCCAGCAGGGGUUGAGCAAAACGAGGCGGGGGUUGAGCGAGACGCGGCGGCGAGUCCGCUGGCAAGUCGAGUCGCCUCGGCACUCGCGACGCCCAAGCGAGCGAGGAAAAGCACAUCGGGAUCACCCCGCGUCGUCCCCGGCGACGUGGCGGCGGCGGCGAGCCUCGAGAGUCGGCGGCGGCAAGAGGAGCAGUGGAGGCAGCGGCAGCAGCAGCAGCAGCAGCAGGCGUCGCCGUCCAGUACCACCAUCUCUCCCAAGCAGAGUUCGGAAGUAUCUCAGGGUCGGGCGAUGAUGACUGCAGUGCUCAUGCCAGCUACACCGACGAUCGAAGCGUCAAACAUCCGAACACCUAGUCCUUCAGUGGUCACUAUGCAGGCGUCUCAAGGUCACGCGAAGAUCACUGCCACGCUGCUCCAGGCGUCCUCACCGACGUCUACGCUCACUCCUACAGCGAGUCUACCCGUUCAAUCUCAGAAGUAUAUCGAUAAGCUGAGCGUGGCGAUGCGAGGAGUCGUGGAGGAGAUGUAUGCUGACAUGCAGCAGCAGCAGUCCGUGUCCAGACCGCCCGACUUCAUCCAGGAAGCCAACUCCAAACAUCAGCAAGAGCUAACCGAGAUCAGGCAUAACAUCGAGCUUACACUAAUAGAAAUGAGGCAGAGUUUUGAAAUUGAGAAGAAAAGAGCGCUCAUGAUGGCUCGUAAGCAGGUUGAGGAGCAGCAGAAAGCAAGACUGAAAGCCAAGGAGAUGAUGUGGGAACGAGAGAAGACGGACAUCUAUAGAGAGAUGCAAGCUGCCAUCGCUGCGAGCAAGAAGAAACAGUGGUGUGCAAACUGCUGCAAAGAAGCCAUCUUCUACUGCUGCUGGAACACGUCAUACUGCGACUAUCCCUGCCAGCAGGCGCACUGGCCUGCGCACAUGAGCUCGUGCACUCAGAUGGGGCAGCAGCAGCAGCAGCAUCAGCAGGCGGUGGCUGCGGCGUCGGACACAUCGUCCGGAGCCGAGUGCAAGGUCACGAGUUUGAAUGGGAGUAGCGUCCAGGGUGUUCAGGGUGAGGGUGUGGAUACAAACAAGUCUCUGGAGAACCUGCAAGCAACUGUAGAAAAGCUGAAACCACAUGAGCAGCAACCCCACCCUGUUCACAUUGUAGCCAACACGAGCCAAACCACACCUCACCAUGUGUCCAGUCCCUCUCAAGUCAUGUACGGAUCUGGCCCCACCCUACACUAUGUUAUGCCUCAGCCGCCAAUCUCUCAGUUUCCACCUGGAUAUCCCGGCCCACCAGUUCAUCUAGGAACUGCGCCACACGUCCUACGCACAAUGGCGCCACCUGUCGGCGGCCCCGGUAUACUGUACCCGAUGCUGAGACCGCAGCAGCCGGGGCCGCCACUGCCCCCAGGUCAAAUCAUCGUCACCAGUCAGCCAAUGGCUCGCGGAAUGCGACAGCAGAUGUUCCAGCAUACGAGAUUCUAGGAAACUUUCGUCGCUACUCGUCUGUCAAGAGUCAAUGUCGCUGGCCAAUCUCUCGCUGAACAUAUAUUGGGCAACGUGUAACACCUUGAAAUACUGUUGGCUGUCACGAUUUACUCGCGGGUCUUCCGGUUGCUGCUGGCAGAAGUUGUAUGUUUCUAGCAAUAUAUGGUGCUUUGAGUUCAGGUUCGUCAUUGUAAUAAUGGUUUGUUUCGAAUUGCAGAGACAUUGUUAUGCACGUUUCCCUGUUAUGUAUGCGGUUGUAGAGAAAACGCAUGUGUUGUACAAUUGUAGAAUGUGGCAUACACUUCCAAGUCACGCAGAACUGUAAACAAGGCUCACUGUGUUACAUAACUAUACUAUGCUAACACGAUUUCCAGGUAGUUAACAGAAUUGAAUUCGAUUUCUAAAUAAUAAACAAUUUCUUUACGGCUCCCGCUAUAUUAUUUCGCGGACAUCCUUUCCCUUUGCUGUAAUUGUGAGUGAUGCAGCCAUCAUUACUGAUAAAUAAUGAUACCACUGCAAAUAUAGCAUAAUAUUAAAGACGUACAACUACUAUAUCUACACGUAUAUCUCUAAUGGUUUAUAUGUAAAGCUAUAUCAUUGCUGGUUCGUGUAUAGAGGCGAUAAGCAGCUUGAUAUUUAUUUGGGGUUCAACCGAUAUAAGCUGCGCUGUAUUCUGUUUUUCUUAUUGAUAAGGAGAUAAUUUGAAAGAAGCAUGUAUGAAUGUGCAUGAAUGUGUGGGAGAGCAAAGAGUGCAUGUGUUCAUGAGGAAUAAAUAUGUUUCACCGGAGGAUAGAAUUAUGUGCAUGUUGAAACUACUGUUCGUGGAAGCGUGUGCAGCAUUUAAAUUGCAUAGAAUGAGACGAGAUUGAAAAAAAAGUUUCUAUAGUUGACAUGUGCUUGACUGGAGAAUGCGCCAAUCAAUCAGUAAUUACUUAACUAGUUUAUGCUCAUUAAUGUCGUGGCGAUUGCAACGUCAGCAAUAGGUUUAUUGUGUUUAUGUAAUCCACUAGGCUCACAUAAAUAUAUAAUUGUAUGCGAAUGUGCAAAUGUUUGCGUUAUGUGUAUGUAUAUACAUACAUACAAACCUAUAUGUAAAUAUACUUUUUUAUUAUCUGCUGUA